ACCAUGGCGCAGGUAGGAGCCAAUCAGUGCGUCAGUGUAAACAGGUGCGUCAGUUUCUCUCAAGUUGCCGCUUCGGUGGACCGACCUGCGCACCCGGAAGGAAAAAGACUAAAAACAAACGACUCCGUUGUACAGCAGACAGAGCGAUGGGGCAGUCGGAGCUGGCGAUCGAGUUCAACGAGCAGUUCAACGAUGUGGUCACCAGGCUGCAGUCCAAGCAGCUCUUCCAGUCUGACUGGGACAUCGCCUCGUUUGCAGUCUUCUUCAUCUUCAUCGGCAUGGUUCUGCUGCUGGUCAUCCUGGUCCUCAUCCGCUGUUGCUGCUGCUGUUGCUGUGACGACGAGAAGCCCCGGAGACGGAAGGUUGGCAUCGACAACAUGGCUAUGGAGCCCUGACAGCUGAACUGCACUGAUCAAGUAUUGUGAAGGUGGAUGAAGCACCAGUCACCAGCCUGUAAUCAAAUUUAGUCGAUUUGCACUUAAAUUGUUGUUCACAAGCCUUUUGCUACCUGGUUCUAGAAAUCUAACACACGUGAUCCUGUUGACUGUCACUGCUAUGUGAGUUUAUUGCUAGGAUACCAAAGUGGAGCUGGAAACACUCAGCUGUCUGUGUUCUUACCCUCUGUAGAUCUGAAUGGCACGUCCUUUUCUUUUGUUUGUUGAAAGGAUAAAGUUUCAAUUUGAAGGUUUUACUAAGUAAUAAAAA